AUGUUUAUGCUCCGGAACGUCAGCAAAUAUCUCUUCGGAGACUCUUCAAAAGAGGCUAUUAUCGACAUCCCCCAAGGCCAGCUUUAUCUUGUCCGUCCCCUAUCACCAAAGGGAUACUCUGAGUUGAUCUUCAAAGACGCCGUCGCCACAAUCCGCCGAACAGGCCAGGAAUUCCAAUACCAGCUUGUCGUUCAAAGAGCAUACGAGGAAGGCGAGGAGGAGCUUGCUGAAGAGGAAGACGAAGACGCCGCUGUUGACGCUCUGGACAAGGACGAGAGGGUGUUCUUGCUCGACCAAGCCCUUCAUUUUCGGUCAGUUGUACGGGACGGUGGUGAAAAGGUACUUGCGUGGAGGGAUUUAAGCGGUGACCCCGGUGACCUCUACGAAUUCGUCUGCGACUCUGCUAUUUCGUCUGACAAGGUUGCGACUUUUGAAUCUGCGGCAAUUCAGUGUCAGUACGAGAGAAAAUACAAGAGGACCGCUCAACGAGCUACCGAAGAGGAGUUGCAAGAAUUUUCCUUUGAAGACGAUAGCCCGAUUCCUUCAGCUAGCCCCAUUGACACACCCAAAGGCCCAACAUCUGCAGAAUCUGCAGUAGCGAUGGCCAAAGACGUGGAAUACGCGACCAAAAAGGGCACGAUUAAGCCCGCAGACGAACCUACUGCCGCACCACCCUCGGGUACUGUACCGGAAUCCAGGGAGAUCCUCGCCAAGGAACGCGCGGAGCUGCAUUUGUUCGAUUUCAAUUCCGGUGCUUUUAUUCUACAGGACAGCGAAGUCAUUGCAACAGUUUCCGAGAUUGGCGACUGGCAAUAUUGGCUUCAAAUCACCGGCAACGACAAAGAAUGGCUCGGCCAGCCAAUUGUUGGGGAUAUAAACCCUGUUUUCAAUUUUGAAUAUCUUUCGUUCAUUUUCAACCACUAUGCACAAGAUGGGUCGGCAUACUCUUGGCUACUACGAUUCAAGGACCAGAAGACAGUCGAGCAGUUUCAAGAAGGUCUCAUGCAGGCAUUGUGGGAACAGCUGAACGAAAUCAAAUGGGAGAAACAAAAAGAGGACGAGCGAGAAUACGUUCUCGAUGCCUUCCAAGAUCUUACUAUGGAGGAUGUCGAGCCUGGAAGGGAGCCGGAAGAAGCAGAAGAGGAUGACGAGGAAGAAGAAGAGGAGGAAGAUGAAGACGACGGACAACGCAGCGAGCACUACGAUAGUGAUGAAGAAGAGGAUGAUGUCAUUACUAGACCUGAGGAUGGCAAUGUCAACUCUCAGCUUGCUGUUGGCUAUAAGCAUGAUCGGUCCUUCGUUGUUCGUGGCUCGAAGAUUGGGGUGUUCAAACACACCCCCAACAAUAACCUUGAGUUCUCUACAAAUAUUUCCAAGGUUGAAACACCAAACGGCAAACUCUUCAGCCCCAAGAAGGUUAUGCUUCAUGCAGAAGAUUCCAACAUGAUCUUGCAGGACGCCGCAAAUCCUCAUUCCUUGUAUCGUAUGGAUCUUGAGUAUGGGAAGGUGGUGGACGAGUGGAAAGUUCAUGAUGACAUUGGUGUCACAACUUUUGCUCCGGAGCAGAAAUUCUCACAAAUGACCGCAGCGCAGCCGUUUUUGGGUAUCGCUGGGAAUGCUCUCUUCCGAGUCGAUCCGCGGCAAUCUGGAAACAAGUUGGUUGAUUCGAACUUGAAGCAGUAUGCCAGUAAAAACGAUUUCUCGGCCGCUGCCACUACAGAGAAAGGUUAUAUUGCUGUUGCUUCCAACAAGGGAGACGUCCGUCUCUUUGACCGUCUUGGAAUCAAUGCGAAGACUCAUAUCCCUGCCCUUGGUGAGCCUAUUAUUGGUUUAGACGUUUCAGCCGAUGGUCGCUGGGUCCUGGCCACUUGCCGCACCUAUUUGCUUCUUAUUGAUGCAUUGCAAAAGGAAGGCAAGAACGAAGGCAAACUUGGAUUUGAGAAGUCGUUCGGAAAGGACUCUAAACCUCAGCCCCGGCGUCUCGGUCUACAGCCUUCUCAUGUUGCUCAGUUCCAGCAUGAGACCAAGCAGCCAUUGGCAUUUACUCCUGCUCGAUUCAAUACCGGUGUUGAUAGCGAGGAAACCUCUAUUAUUACUGCAACUGGCCCAUUCAUCAUUACUUGGAACUUGAAGAAGGUGCUUGCUGGACGAAAGGACCCUUACACUAUCAAACGCUACGGCGAGAAUGUCAUGGCAGACAACUUUAGAUUCGGCUCGGACAAGAACGUCAUCGUCGCUCUUCCAAAUGAAGUCAACAUGGUGCAGAAGAGGAGCUUCAAGAAGGUCACGCGUGAAAGCAUUGCUCCGCCCAUGACACCUGUGCGGAGAAGUGCGGCUCACCGCUUGGGUCGAAAUGAUAUUGUCAACUCUCCUUAUUAA